UAUCUAUUUCAAUUCAACCAAACACACACAACAACACAACAUCCUCGUUAAAUUCGAACCCACUCGUUGGACUUUGCUUCUAUGCAAAUUUGAAGUUUUUCUUCAUUCCCAUAGAGAUUCAUCACCACCCUCUUUCAAUUCUCAAUCUUUUUCAUAAACCCACACACUAGUUAACACAGACCCAGAUUUCGAUUUUUUUUUUCAUUUUUUUAAUUGAUAAAAAAUGUUGAAGCUUUCAUGUAAUGGGGUGGACCGGGUUCAGCUCACGGCUCAAUGCGGGUUCAUGGGUCGGCCCACUUCCUUUUUUUCGUCCCGGACGUCAGUUGCGGGAUUCCGGUCAACAAAGGCGUGUCCGGUUUAUGCGGUGGCGUCCGCCAAGGAAAGUGCGGUGGUGAACCGGGUCGAACCGGAAAAUGGGAGUUUGGAGGACCUGUUGCGGCUUGGGAGCUUGACUGAGGAUGGAUUCUCGUAUAAAGAAAAGUUUAUUGUUAGGAGCUAUGAAGUUGGAAUCAAUAAGACUGCUACUGUUGAAACCAUUGCUAAUCUCUUGCAGGAGGUUGGAUGUAAUCAUGCUCAGAGUGUCGGAUUUUCAACUGAUGGUUUUGCAACAACCCCUACCAUGCGAAAAUUGCAUCUCAUAUGGGUCACUGCUCGAAUGCAUAUUGAAGUCUACAAAUACCCUGCUUGGAGUGAUGUUGUUGAGAUAGAGACAUGGUGUCAAGCGGAAGGACGGGCUGGAACAAGGCGUGAUUUUAUUAUUAAAGACUACACAACCAAUCAAGUCAUUGGAAGAGCAACAAGCAAGUGGCUAAUGAUGAAUCAGGACACUAGGCGACUCCAAAAAAUUUCCGAUGAACUUCGAGAUGAGUAUUUGGUUUUUUGUCCUCGAGAGCUAAGGUUGGCAAUUCCUGAAGAGGAUAGUAAUUGCUUAAAGAAAAUUCCGAAAUUGGGAGAUCCUGCUCAGAGUUCCAGUCUCGGUCUUGUGCCUAGAAGAGCCGAUCUCGACAUGAAUCAGCACGUUAACAACGUGACUUACAUCGGAUGGGUGCUUGAGAGUGUGCCUCAAGAAAUCAUCGAUACUCACGAGUUGCAUAGUAUUACCUUGGACUACAGACGAGAAUGCCAACGAAACGACAUUGUUGAUUCGCUAACAAGUGCAGAAGUAUCCGAUGAUGUUCCAGAACUCAAAGGUACAAAUGGAUCAGCCAAAGCAAAGGAUGACAAACAAGAACACCAACAGUUUCUUCAUCUUCUUAGAUUGUCUACCGACGGACUUGAAAUAAACCGAGGAAGAACAGAAUGGAGAAAAAAAGCUCCAAGAUAAGGACGGAUCUGUCAAUUUUAUUUCUUGAGUGAAGUUUUCUCAACAUUGAAUGAGUUUGAAUAGAUUUCUCAACUAGUAUUUAUAAAUAAAUCAAAAUUAAAAGAGUAUUGUAAUAAUUAUGAGCUUUUUUUGGGUUGUUUAAACAAUAGUUUAUUGUGUUACUUGAGAUUAACUAGUGUUUACAUUUGGUUGUUUAAA